CUCUAGUGCCGAUACGGUAAACUAGAAAACAGGGCAAGCUUAAGCCGUUUGUCAUUCUGACUGCAAAACAAGAGGCUUUGUUUAUGUUACUAUUUUCCUAACAAAUCUAGCGAAAAAUUCAACGUCUUGGCGCUAAAUACCUUCAUUAGAGCAGCAGAUAUUUACAAAUAAUUGUCUAUUUCAUAAUUCAUCUGAGUUUCUACAGCUACAAAAUGGAUAAAAUCGCAUUGAAAAUUGAGACUGCUCCAGAUGGUACAAAUCAGAUGUUUGCUCAACCAAUAAUGACUACAUAUACAACUAACCUUCCAUAUAAUUCUUUAUUCAAAGAGGAGCUUAUAAUCAUUACUGAUGAAUCAGCUAAUUUUUUUGAAAAACAAAUCUCAACAAACUCACAAAAUCCUGAAGCAACAAACAGUACUUACAAGCAACUUACAGUUACUGAACCAAUACCAGAUAGCAAUGUAACUAAUAUUUUGAAUUUGGGUGCAGAAUUAACAGUAGCUCAAGGAAGAACAAAAAUAAAGUGCGAAUUAUACUGUGUUCAAUGUGAUCGUAUAGUGGAUGAAGAUACAAUUGUACAAAAUGCAGAAAAUUUAGAAUGCAAAGAAUGCAACACCAGAUUGCAAUUUAAAUGCAAAAGCUGUCCCAAACGAUAUGAACAACUUCGUGGACUCCACAGACACAUUAGGUAUGAAUGUGAUAGCAUAAAGCGUUAUCAUUGCACUCACUGUCAGUUCAAGUGUAUUAGAGAAAUACAUCUCGAUUUACAUAUUAAGAAAAAACAUGAUUCAGAGUAUAGCUUCAAAUGCUCUAAAUGUGGAAAAGUAUAUGAUAAGAGAUGGUGUUUGAAAGAACAUGAAAGAUCUUGCGAAAUGCCAUUGAAAUGUGAGUUCUGUUCUUUCAGAACUACGCAAAAACAAAGUCUUAAUUAUCAUAUAGGGGCCAUUCAUAAGUUGCCACACAAUAUUUUUUAGUGACUUACCUAAAGAUUUUUUACAUUUUAAUGAUAAUAUGACUGAGGAAUAACUACUCGGUUAAUCAAUUACAAUUUGUUCGUUUGUUUCUAUAAAGAUGCGUGUUAGUAUAUAUGUAACGUUACAACCUGCUUGAGCAUAUUUUAUAUUUUUCUAAAAAAAAAGGAAAAAGAAAUACUUUUAGAAGUAAAUAGAAAUAAUUUUUGUAUACUUUUUUCAUAAAGAUAUGAAAUUUUUCCACGAUUGUAACAAAUUAGGUUAUAAAACCCUUCAUUAAUGUAUUAUUCAUAAAAACACCUUCAAAAGUUUAUUGAAUGCUCUUAAAUUGACUUGAAAUUAGCUGAGUUUCUUAGCUGAAAAUUUAAAAGUAAAGUAUGUCGAAUCAUAUUACAAUAACUACUAACUGAAUAACUGUUAUAGAUGUGUAAUGAUGUCUAAUAAUCCAUAGUAAGAUUACAAACAAUAUACUCACUAUACAAAACAUUAUUGCUUUGUAGAAACCUUUAAUUUCUACUGGACUCUAUAAUUGUAAACCAUCCAUAACAAGUUUGUUAGUUUUUUGCUACUAUACUGUCAAUGAGAAUGAGGAAUAAAGCUUAUGACUGAAUAGAAAUAACCGAAUUUUGAUAACCAUUCUUUUGCAAACUGAUAUCGUAAUAAACGAAUAUUGCUACAAAACAAUUCAUAAAAAUGUAUUGUAUUUUGAGUGUUUUAAUACGUAGUUAUAAUUAAGCUCUUUAUAUUAUUAAAUGUAACUAAUAAAUAGGUAAACAAUAAUAAAUCAAGAUUAACUAAAAGAAUUUUAAUAUUUUGGCUUAAGAGAAUAGUCUUAUCGACUGUUCUUAUUAAUUCAAAACACUUUAAUCUCUAUACAUAAGUAGGUUUAGAUGAUAUGAUGUGUAUUGUUAAUUAAGUGAAUCGCAAUUGUUAAAACUAAUUAAGAAAUUUCAGACUAUGUAUAAAAGUUCGCUAUUCAUUAAAAUAUAUCUACAUUUUGA